GAAGAAGCGUUCCUCAUCCUCAACUGGUCUGUUUCCGUCCUAAAUCGUUAACGAAACCUUACGUUCUUGAAUGCACCCCAGAUUUAAGUUGUUGUAGCAACGAGCUAAGCCAUGCCUGCAGCUGAAGUUUCUGUUGUUUCUAGUCCUAGACACAGUUGUUUCAAUUAAUGGUAAAUACAUCAUCAAAUGUGGCUAGUUUUUGGCUCCAAAUAUUGACUAACGAGUUGAACAACGUCGUAUGUCCUGUAUUGGGUACAUUAGCUAGCUAAGUUAGCACUAUCAAGGUACCAUAGUACCCAUACAGACACUUCUUUGCUGGGGCAAUGUCUGCAGUCAGCAGCCUGGUCCCGGCUCGAUUCCUGACUCUUACUGCUCACCUCGUCAUCGUCAUUCUGGUCACGGGACCAAUACGACAAGGAGGACACCAAGUUGGUGGUAGCGUUGCCAGUCACCAUGGGUCUGUUUGCUAUAGAGCUGGCUGGCUUCUUCUCUGGUGUGUCUAUGUUCAACUGCACCCAGGGCCUCCUCUACACCAUCCAUGCAUCCAUCUCUCCAUCCACACACUAGCGACUGCAGCCCAUGCCAGUGCCUCUGUGGCUCUGCUGUUCUUUCUGUUUGAACAAUGGGCAUGUGAAAUAUACUGGUGGAUCCUUGCUUUCUGCAGAGAUGGGAGUGUUGGACAUACUGGGUUAUUUUUGCCUUCUGCAGUGUUCUCCCUGCAUUUGUGGAGAUCCUACUCUUCAUCGCAGUGUUCGGACUGAAGAAGAAGCCACUAUAACAGAGAGCAGUGUUUCACAUCAAUGUUCGGUCUGGAAUGUAGUGUCCAUCCUUCCCAGGACUUGUACACAGCUGUCCAAGUGACACAUUGUGACUGUUCAAUAGUGUCAAGGAGACAUAGUUGAUGUUAGUGAUGCUGGAUGGUGAUCGUAGUGAUAAAGACAACAGAGCUGGUUAAGAUGUGGGUGGUCUAAGCUGCAGCAUCCGAUACGGUGACAGCAUAGGUUCGAAUCUGGCCUUCUGACUUUUGACACAGCCUUUAUCCGUCAAUAGUCAGAUUAUUUUAUUUAUUUAUUUUAAGCUGUGGUGUUUGUUUCAGGAUUGUGGGCGUUGUAGAUGGAAACAGAUACUAUAUGUACCAGGCAGAGAGGGCGAUUGUGUGGACUCUGUGCGUUGUAGAUGGAAACAGAGCUACUGUAUGUACCAAGGCAGAGAGGACGAUUUCUAAAAACUCCAGCGUAUUGAUCCUAAUUGCUACGCUGAAUGUAUAGACACAAGUAACCAUAUUUCUCUUCACCAUGCUAAAUGGUCUUGUGUACCAUAGGAUUUUAGUACCACCUUUCUAAAACGUUUACCUAAAAAAUAUAUGUUUUAUCAAGCUGAAGCUAUACCAUUCCUUCCUUCCUUUUAGUAUGCUUUUUACAUUAAUUUAACAUGUGGUGAUAUCUGAUGGUUGCUACACCUCUAUAUGUCAAAGUGUUAUUCUUUCUUUUUUUUACGAUUAAAGUAUUUUACCUGUG